AUGGCCGUUGUUGGUAUGUUUGUGCUGUGUCUGUCGACGCUCUUCCUCCUUCUAGCCCCAUCUUCCGGAGUCAGCAUCCAGUCUGAUAUAAUCUCGAAAUGCGACGAUGCGAAGGGCCCUGACGAACAAUGCAGCAUUGUGGGUGAUGGAGACUUCUACGGCUUGGGGGUCAGAAUCGGCAUCUACGCGUCGUGGUUCGCUUCCUGGGUCAGCAACAGCUUCUUGCUCGAUGCGAGAGAGAUCUGCCAAUCUCUCGACACCAACGCCAGCUUUUUGUUCGCCAUCGCCGUCGCCGUCGCUACAUACUCUAUGUCGGGCAACAUCCGAAUCAUCGAUGCGCUGAUCCUGCUCCUGCUGUCUUUCGGGUAUCUGCUCAGCGUGAUGACCAUCUGGGGUUACAGGACGAAACCGGCAAACCGCCAUCAUUUCGGUGGCUGGGGCACACAUUUCCGCCUUGUCCUCGUGAAUGCUAUAAGCGCCUAUGGCAUUUGGUUCUGGGGCGUCGGCAUGACGUACAAGCUUCCCAAAUGCAACACGAGAGAACAGUGCGGCGGGCUGAAGCUGUGGAUUCUCGUUCAAGUCCCCAUCGCAGGCGCUGGGAUUCGAAACUUGUUCCUGGCCUUUUCGUGCAUCUGUGGUGCCUAUUAUUUCGCCAUGUUUCUUGCCGCCGUUCUGGCUUUCGUGAAACUCUUGCGCGAAACGAGCGACAACAACUGGAGGGACUGCCGUAAGUCGUUCAGCCGGAGAUUGCGCGAGCAGAUCGCGAAGGUGGACCCUUGGCCUCUGAACCUGCCAGAGAGAACUAGGAGCACAAUCGCUUUUUGGACGUUUGUGUGGCUUGUCUUUGCCAUUGCAUCAAUAGAGAUGACUCUCCAGAUCAACCAUGUGACUGGGCCCAGUGUCCAGACAUUUAUCGCCAAUGCCGGUCAAUUCAUUCCGCUUGUCGUCGGCGGCUGUACCCUUCUGAGGGUCCUUUGGAAAGUCGGCCUCCUGGGUCUGCCUUUUAAGCUGCUCAUGACUUUUCUGUUCCCGGACGUCAAACCAGAGUGUCCGAGCACAACCUCCCGAAACGAGACGAUGUAUUCGGCGCCGCAUGAGCGAACUUGGUGGUGGUGGACCAUUACCACAUGGCUGCCCUGGCUUUGUGUCUUCCGGUGCUGGAGGCAUGCUGGCCGAAGGAGCCCGAUGCGGAGGAAGCUUCGAGACUCGAGUUCGGGAAGCUACGGCUUCUCGAGUUAUACCACGGAGACCAAUGGCUCUGGUUCAUCUCCAUCAUCGAAUUGA